UGAUGUUCCCUAUUCACAGGAGUGGAGGCACUCGCAUCGAUCUCACAAUCUCAAACAAAACCAAAACACAAACCAAACCAAAACAAUCAGAACAAAUCUACCUCUACUAACUAACAUCUACACGUAACAAUACCAAAUCAUGAUGUCGUCCACUCUUGCCAAAGGCGCCGUGAUCGCGUCCUUUCUCACAUCGUCGCUGACAAUGACAAUGGCCCUUCCCGCGGCAGGAUCUGUGACGGAGAUUUCUUCCUUUGGCAUUCCAGCGUCCCCCUCUGGCAUGUUCUUUGAUGACGAAUCUGGAUUACUCUACAUUCUAUGUGGAACCAGGACCAACGGCGACCACUCCUUGUAUGCGUACACCACCGAGGGUGAUCAGCGUUGUUUCAUUACCAUUCCACAAUCCGUGGGAAUGAGCCGUGUCGAUGGCUUUUACAUUACGCCCGACAACAACAAGGCUUAUAUUGUCGAUUCGCAGGGUCCAAUUUAUGCUCCUCAAGGCGAAAACUAUUUGGGAGGGAGCGUCUACGAGGUCGACUGGACCAAUCCGUGUGGCUGUUCCAGCGACGGAACUUGCACGGAAUCAUCGGUGACAUGGACUCCCACUGUGAGCCAGUCCUGGAGUCUUUCGGCGUCCGAUAUCAGUGCCACCGAAGGAGGAGGCAAUGACGAGUACUUUCGUAACAGCGGGAUUGUGGUCUUGGGUGACACUUGGUUUGGUGUCAAUGGCGUUCAUCCCGUGGAAGGAUCACUCACCGCAAACUACCCCAAGUCCAUUGUCCAAGUCGAUAAGACAACCUCGUCCAUUCUCAACACUUGGUCCUUUGAUGGGUCCACGGUGGGCCAUGAUGUCGACAUGGAAGGCUUGACGUGUGGGCCGGAUCAAUGCAGCACAAUGCUGUAUGUGGGAGACGAAUACAACUACAUCUACCAACUCGACCUGGAGACUGGCGCUGUGAACACGGAAUGGGACUUGAACUCCAUUGUUGGGAAUGUCCCCACCGACAAGGGAAUCGAGUCUCUCACGUACGCUCCCACUACGGGAUACUUUUACGCCGGCAUCCAGCAAACGGCGCAGAUUCAUGUAGUGAGUUUGGGUUCGGACACAACCGAAGAAACAACCGAAGAAACAAUGGAAGAAACAUCCACUGCAGAGACCACCACCUCAACACCCAUCACACUAAGCCAAUGCACUCCCACAGAAGAUUUCCCACAAUGUACAGCACCAACCAAAGAUCCAUCUAGUCAACGCGUCCGCCGGGAGAUUCGUUCCUUGUCCACCCAGGAAUGGGACAAGGUCGUGGCGGCCAUGUGGAUCAUGAAGACGGAACCAUCCAUGGAGGCUGGAAAAAUCAACUACGGAGACAACUUUCGAACCUACGACUACUUUGUCGUCAAGCAUGCCGUGGCCACUACGGAUAGUCGUGGAGACGAGGCUCAUAAGGGUGCACACUUUAUCACAUGGCAUGCGGCCUUUGUUUUGGAGUUUGAGAAUGCACUCUUGGCCAUUGAUCCUUCCAUCGAAGCAAUGCCGUACUGGGACGAAACGGUUGCUCAGCCAUCCGUCUUCAUAGAGGACUACUUUGGUGUAGAUCCCGCUGGAUCUUCUGCGACGAUGGAAGUUACCACUGGAAAGUUUGCGAACUGGCCCGUCUCCAGCACAUUUUCCAUUGACGAUUGGACUCCAUACAUGACGGAUACCUCGACAGUGACUUUCAAUGGAAACAUGGCGUCACCGUCUAUUCUUCGUGGAGGCGAAAACAACGUGACAGCCAUGUAUGCUACUCGAUACGGAAGUGGCUCCCAGUGGGAAUCAGAGGCACCUUCAGAACAAGUCUGGUGGGGAUGCACUGGCCAGGAUGUGCAAGAGUGGAAUGACUGGUACAGGUGCAUUGAACAGGGUAGGCCCAGUCUCCACAGCGGCGCCCACGGAACUAUCGGGGGGCGUCCGAACAACGAGGGUAAACGAGGAGACUUUGAAGACCCCGAGACUAGUCCCAAUGGUCCCAUCUUUAUGUUCCAUCAUGCCAACCUCGACAGAAACCGCCAUUGGUGGAUGAUGCGCAACAAUGCCAAGGAAGAGCUCGUGUGUGAGUACUACGGUUUCCCCGUCGAAGGCGGCACGUUUAUUGGUCCUCGCCCCGGGAUGACAGGGAACGGAGACUUUUACGGUGCCCACUUGAACGAUGUUGCUUCUAGCUCUUGGGGAUUCAGUGCUGCUGACUUGGGCUUCGCCAUGGAAGGCAAGGAGAAUGAAAGCAUGGAGGAGGCGCUUGGUCGUUCCUCUGGUUCUGCUGGUGGCGCCCUGUUGACUCAUGCUGACUUGGUUUGUUGGAUGGGACCCGAGACAGCACUCUACACAUACGAUACCAACAUUGCUUGCCUUCAGGACAGCACUGCGUGCAAUAGCUUUCAGGGCCAAGUCAAGCUACCAGGUGAUGACAUUACAACAACCAACACUGAGGUCAACCAGGAGGCGUCUGAGGUCAACCUGGAGGCGUCUUCGGCUACAAGCUUCUCUGUUUCUGUUAUGGCUGCGUCUGUUGUUUUUGGUGCGACAAUCUCCUACAUGAUCUAAUUCAUAGAAGCAAUUAUGAUAGUUUUGCUACUGUACAUAUAGUUUGGUCCAGUAAGUCGAAAUACGUAUGUUCUGGUUUCAUAGAGCUAUGAUCUGAUCUGAAC